UUCUCAGGUACUUCUGUAUUGUCUGUUCGAUAGGAAAACCAUGUUGCUCAGGAGUCAGUGUGCAAGUUACCGCUUCCUAACUGUACCUGUAUGGUCGGGAUAUAGAACUGAGUAUUUCUUCGCCUGAGCCCAGAAAACCCUUCCACCAGAGACUACCUUUCAGACUAAACACUGGGUAAAUAGAAGCCCUUGAUGACGUUGGCUGUGUAGUAGUUUCCGUGGUGCGGAAGAUGGCUGACAGCAGUGCUUUGGCAGCGAAAAGAUAUGACUCCGGCUCUCUUUCCUCUGUGAGUAUGGAGACCAUUUCCACGCUGACGGAGCUGGAGGAUCUGGAGAAAGUUUACCAGCAGCUCUGCGUAGAGGAGAAAGAGGUGGAAGCUCAGCUGGACAGGCUGGUGGGCCAGGAGGGGGCCAUUCACACAAAGAUGCUUGCACUGCAGAGGAUGGGACCUAAUCUCCAGCUGAUCGGAGGAGACGCCAGCCAGCUGUCUGGGAUGAUAACUUUUACCUGCAGCCUGGCUGAAAAUGUCAGCCAGAAAGUCAGACAGCUAGACCUGGCUAAGACACGGCUGUAUAAUGUCAUCCAGAGAGCUGAUGACAUCCUGGACCUAAAGUUCUGCACAGAUGGUGUGCAGACAGCUCUGCGUAAUGAAGAUUACGAGCAGGCUGCUGCACACAUCCAUCGCUACCUGUCCCUGGACCAGUCAGUCAUUGAGCUGAGCAGGCAGGGAGAAGAGAGCAGCGCAGUGGACGCCAGCCUGGUCCUGCUGCAGGAGGCAGAGCAGAAGCUGAAGGUCAUCGUUGCAGAGAAGCUCGAUGAAGCUGUGGCAGCAGUGGACCUGGCACAGGUGGAGAGGUUUUUCAAAAUCUUCCCUCUGCUGGGCCUCCACCAGCAGGGCCUCGCCCGUUUUGGACAAUACCUCUGUAGUCAGCUUGCCUCCAAAGCCGAGGAGAACUUGCUGUUAGCAACAGGAGGUGAUCUGGGUGAGAAGAGAGCUCUGAUGAUAUUUGCAGACACCCUGACGCUGCUGCUGGAAGGUAUCGCUCGUGUCAUAGAGACCCAUCAACCUAUAGUAGAGACGUAUUACGGCCCAGGCCAUCUGUACAUCCUCAUCACUCACCUGCAGCAGGAAUGUGACCGGCAGGCCCAAAAAAUUGUUGACAAGUUCAUCCUACAGAGAGGAUACCACAACAAGUUUCAGAUUGUGCAGAGCAGCAUGAUGAAGAGCGCGCCGGGAGAGAGGAUAGAGCCCAGAGAACUUGACCCUGUGCUGGCAGAAGUCACUCUGAUGAACGCGAGGGCGGAGCUCUACCUGCGUUUCCUUCGCCGGCGCAUCAUGGCCGACUUUGAAGUGGGAGAUGCCCAGAGCAUCACGCAGGAGCAUCAGCAGAACGUGGAGAAGCUCCUGAAACACUGUGCACUGAGCACUACCAUGCAGGAGCUGAUUGGCUACUACAUUCCAAUGGAGGAAUACUAUAUGAGGGAGUCUGUUAACAAGGCUGUCGCCAUGGAUUCAUAUGAAAAGGGUCAGCUGACUAGCAUCAUGGUUGACGAUUGCUUCUACAUAGUAAAAAAGUGCAUUAGCCGAGCUCUGUCGAGCUCCAGCAUCGACUGCCUCUGUGCGAUGAUCAACCACGCCAACUCCCUGCUGGAGUCUGACUUCAGGGAGGUGCUGUGUAAUAAGCUGCGGCAGGGCUUCCCGGCCACAACGCUGCAGGACAUCCAGCGGGGCGUGAGCAGUGCGGUCAGCCUGAUGCAGAGCAGCUUGCAGCAGGGCAAGUUCAACACUAUGGGCAUUGAGAGCACUGAAAAUGCCAAGGCUGCAUUCCUGGUGACUCUGAAUAAUGUGGAGGUUUGCAGUGAGAACAUCACAACUUUAAAAAGGAACUUAGAGAACGACUGCACCAAGCUGUUUAGUCAGGGGUUUGGUUCCGGAGAACAAGCCAAGAUCGAGAGCUGUUUAUCUGACCUCAUCAGCACGUCCACAAAGUUCAAGGAUCUUUUACAGGAGGGUCUGACGGAGCUGAACACCACUGCCAUCAAACCCCAGGUCAAACCGUGGAUCAGCAGCUUCCUGUCCAUCUCGCAUAACAUAGAAGAAGAGGAGUUUAAUGACUAUGAAGCCAAUGAUCCCUGGGUGCAGCAGCUCAUUGUCAACCUGGAGCAGCUCAUGGCAGAGUUUAAGGUUGCUCUUUCUCCUGUCAUAUACGACACUCUGACCAGUCUGAUGACCAGCUUGAUAUCUAUCGAAAUGGAGAAGACAGUCCUCAAAUGCUCAUUCAGCAGGCUCGGAGGGCUGCAGUUUGAUAAAGAGCUUCGGUCUCUCGUGGCAUAUCUGACCACCGUGACCACAUGGACCAUCAGAGACAAGUUUGCUCGUCUCACGCAAAUGGCCACCAUCCUCAACCUGGAGCGGGUGACGGAGAUCUUGGAUUACUGGGGGCCUAACUCCGGUCCGCUGACAUGGCGGCUGACCCCGGCUGAGGUGCGGCAGGUUCUGGCCCUCCGGAACGACUUCAGGAGCGAAGAUAUAAAGAGGCUACGACUGUAGCCAGAGAGCGAGCUGACUGCUGCGAAUGACCCACCUUCUGUUCGCCUGAGAG